AUAUAAAUUAAUGUUUUGCAAUAAAAUAUUUGUUAAAGAUGGAUAAUAUCUUUGGAAAAGAAGAUUCUGGGGAUGAAAAGGAGAGUGAGCAUAAAAAUGUGGAAGAGCAUGAAGAUAAUAAAACUAGUCUUGCACAAAAUUCAGGAUCCAAAGAUAUUGAAGCUAUGGAGAUUGAUAAUUUACAAGUUAAGGCAGAAUCAGAUGCAAUGAGUUCUCAAUCGCAAUCAGAUGCUGAGGAGAUUGAAAACACUGGAUCUAAUUCUACCUGCCCAGUUGCAGAGAAUCAAGUAGAAACUGUGAAGCAAGAACUUGAUAUGAAGGUAGAAGAACAAACUGCUGAAGAUAUAUUUAGUAAUGACAUUAUAAUACCUCGUGCUAAUCCAGUCAGUACAAAAGAAAGGCGGGAAAGUAAAGAGAAGAGCAAAAAGGAGAUAGAAGAAGAGGAGAGAGAAAAGAUGCAGGUGCUAGUAUCUAACUUCACUGAAGAUCAGCUGGAUAGGUACGAAAUGUACAGACGAUCCGCAUUUCCAAAAGCAGCUAUAAAGAGGAUUAUGCAAACCAUAACAGGUUGUUCAGUAUCUCAAAACGUUGUUAUAGCUAUGUCAGGAAUUGCUAAGGUAUUUGUUGGCGAAAUUGUUGAAGAAGCUUUAGAUGUUAUGGAGGCGCAAAAUGAAACUGGCCCAUUACAACCAAAGCACUUGAGAGAGGCUGUCCGCAGAUUGAGGUUACAGGGUCAAAUACCGAAUGGUCGGGCACACAAAGCUUUCUUCAGAUUAUAAUUAGUCCGAUAUUUGUAACAUAUUAGUUUAAUGUUUCUUUUGCAGAAAUCUACAGACAUUAAAGUAAUCUAAAUAUAAAUUAUAUAGUUUGCCAAAAUUAAAG